AUGGCUGGCAUUGCGAGCACCCCACAGCUGACAUCUUCUAGUAGCUACAACUACUAUGCGCCAGUCGCUCUCGCGGACGGCACUACUGUGUCGGAAGAGAAGAACCAGCAGAUCCUCCUCGGCCAGCUCUCUCGUGAAGAGCGUGAUGAGACCCUGCGGCUCGCGAAAGCGAUACGGUUCUCUAAGACAUCUGUUAUCAACUCCUGCCGGACCUGGACGCGGGACCUGCUGAAGGCUAUGGUCGAGAGGUCGCUUAUUACUGUAGAGCUGUUCGACAAGAUCGACACGAAAGUGCCCUUGAAGAAGCGGGUGACGGAGGUAUAA